AUAACGCACUAUAUAACUAUAUAGCCAAAUACGAGUCGCGGUGUUUUUCAACUUUUUUUCGCGCUCUGCCAACGUUUUGCGUGUUUUUUUUUGCCGCCACUGCCCUUUCUAUCCCGAUUUUCAACUGAAAUUUGCACGUUUAAAUCUCAUCGAAAAAGCGCACAAGCAAACGCCAGCAGAAACAGCCAAAACAGCAAGCAAACAGCAAAAUGUCGGAGCCGCUGUCCAUCUGUCACAAGUGCAAUGAGGUCAUCCAGCAGCGCAUCAUCACCGCUCUGGGCAAGACCUGGCAUCCGGAGCACUUCGCCUGCAAGGACUGCCAACGCCCCAUCUCCGAGGCCACCUUCAACAUCCAGGCGGACGAGCCCGUCUGCUCCGACUGCUUCGUGAAGAACUACUCGGGCACCUGCUUCGGCUGCAAGCAGCCCAUCCUGGAGCGCACCAUCAAGGCCAUGGAGAAGUCGUGGCACGAGGAUUGCUUCGUGUGCAACGGACCCUGCAAGAAGCCGCUGGUGGGCACCUCCUUCUACGAGCGGGACGGGCAUCCCUACUGCCGGGCGGACUUCGAGCAGCUCUUCGCCGCCCGCUGCGCCGGGUGUGGCAAUCCGAUAACGGAGAACGCGAUCGUGGCCCUCAACGCCAAGUGGCAUCGGGACUGCUUCCAGUGCAAGAAAUGCAAAACACCCAUCACGGCCAGCUCCUUUGCCGUGGAGGAUAACAAACCGCUGUGCACGGCCUGCUCCGGUUAGGGAGUCCGGAGGCCCAACCAUUCACAUCGCUAUCUAUGUAUAUUAUCUAUUCUUAUGGUAUUUGUAGUAAUCCAAUUUGUUGAGCCAAUCGCCGAGGAACGCAGCAAGCUGCAAACAGCAAGCAGCAAGGUCGUGGAAAUGAAAAUGAAAAUGGAAAAGUAGGAGAAAUUCCAAUACAUUGCGGUGUGGAGAAAUUACACAUUUUGAUGGACAGGAACACGAGAAGUGCAUUCAAAUGGUGGGGUGGAGAUGUUGGCGGGGGGAGGGGGGUUGUUGUUAAUGCUUAAAAUAAUUAUAAUUCUCUUUCUCUCGAUCUAUCGCUAUCUCAACUAUCUCACUCAAGCCCACGCCCCCAAAAACGCCACCCACUCACUGCGAUUCUCCACUCGAAAAUUCAAUCGAACGUUGUCGUACUGCACAAAAGUAUCUGAUAAAUAAAAAUUAAUCUUUGAAUCAUUGUUGAUAUCUCUUACAAAUAAACAAAAUACAAACAA